AUUGUAAGCCCCUUUAAGUCUCCCUAUAGGAGAGAAAGGGGGAGAUAUAAAUCCAAACUCCUCCUCCUCCUCCAGAUUUUCUCUCAAGCCUUUCUGAACAAUAAGGACAGAAGCUUCCAUGCUUCUUGAAACAUUAUGAUAUAUGUUCUCUGCUUGUGAAUGUUUGGCUAUGUUGAGAUCAGGAUUGAGAUCACACCACUUAAUUAUUCCUAUGCCCAGCAUAUUUUAGCUUCUUUGAGCAUCCUGGCAAAGGGAUAAAAUAGUCUCUCUUUCAAGAAAUGUUCUGAAUAAAGUUGCCUUAAGAAGGCUCAAAGAUUCCUUUCUGUACUUACCCUUUUGAAAGAGUGCAAGGGGACGGGUCGUCCAAAGAAUGGAGGAGAGAUGAUGGCAGGAGAUGGGUCUGUGAAAGGGCUUGAAGAAGAAUAGCAAGGCUGUUCAGAGCAGACAGAUGAUAAAGUAGCAGCAGGCUUAGGGUGAUGAAACAUGAGAAGGGCAGUGCAUAAGAGAGAGGCCUCCCUCCUACUGUCACUUGUACAUGUGACUGUGGCCGUCACCCAGAAAUGUGUAGAGGCUGCACAGUGAAAGUUGAGAGUGGUGUUUGGACCUCUUGGUGUGAUUUUGGGCAUUCUGAGUCUCAUCAAUAAAACAACUUGGUAACCAGGAUAGAGUGUGAAUAUUGUUAACAUGAGUUAACCCUGUGGCCUAAUUGUUACAAAUAGUUGUGGCUCAGUCUGUGACAUCAUCUGGGACAUCCACUUCUGGAAGAUCAUUGAGGAUGUGGUUUCUGGUGGGUAGCCAUGUUGGUCUGUAAUAGUAGAAGAAUAAAAUUCCAGUCCAGUAGCACCUUAAAGACCAACACAAUUUUUCAGGGAAUAAGCUUUCAUGAGUCAAAUGUCACCUGGCUAGGAGGUGAAUUUUGAUCAAGAGGUAUGUUGAAAUAAUGAUCCCAUGACCAGUUCUCUCACACAUCCUUUCUCACUCUCUCUGUCUCUUUCACACACACGGUUAAUUAAGUUGACCUUUGAUGGCAAUUGAAUGGUUGGCAAACAAUGGGCAGCUCUUGAUGCUCAUGAGCAAGAUUCUGUAACUUUUCUGCUGUGAGCUACUCUUCACAAUUUUGCCCUCUUGUAUAUCAUAUUUAGCUGGCACCUCAACACUGGAGGGGAGGAAAUAAAAAGCCCUAAAUAGGUCACCCACCAUCCUGGUCACAUCAAAAUGCCCUACAUCUAAAAUUGUACACUAAAUAAAGAUGAUUUUGGUAAGGCUCCCAGCUGACUUUCGCAGGAAGAUGGAGGAGGAAAAACUGAAGGUAGGCAUUCAUGUGGCGUGCUCCUCAUAUGUAGAUCCUGAGGCCAGGAAGUUACCUGGUGACAGAAUUCCAAGUAUUCCUCACUUUAUCUCUUUGUUUGCCUGAAUGUUUCUAACUCUCAGAAUUAUGGAAAAACAUAUUUUUCCUUUUGGUAAAGCAGUAGAAGUCAGAAAAAUCUGGGACAUGAGUGGAGCUAUCUUCUGUUACCCUUCUUGACAUUGGACAUUGGGCAUCUUCAGUCCUGCUACAUGUGCAUGCACAUAAUAACCAUGUUAAGUGUUUCCGUAAGGAUUACUCAAAAAGUUUUUCUUUGCCUCUGUGUAAAUUAGAUCCACCCUGAUAGAAAUUACAUAAUUAUCUAACUUGGUUAUCCAGAAAAGCAAGACAAUUCAGUUUUAAGCAGAUCUCCAAAAUAUUGUAUUAUUGGCUUAGUGAUUCUCAAAUGUCAUCAUAGCUUCUCACAGGCUGUAUAUCUGCUACAUGUGCCUUGAACUGACAUUGCCCUUGGUUGAAACCAUGGUACAAAUAGUGUCCAAGGGUAAAUCAGCAGCUGGGAGAUGAGCAGGAAACAAGUGAAAUAAUUUAGCCACUCCCUUUGGCUGGGCCUGCAUCCACCUGUGUAUGCUAAACAAAUUUCCAUUGCAGGGGAGGUAGUCUGUGUUCCAUACUUUGGGCUGAUAAUGGAGGAUACUGCAGCCCUUCCUUUUUGGGACUGGUCCAGGCCAGUGAGAAGAAUGGGCUCCGUUUCAGAGAUGCUCACAGCUGUCCCCCUUCACCAGAGGCCUGAUCUUCUGGAACCCUGUGCUGACCUCAUCAAUGAAGAGUGGAAAAGAAGCAGGGCUUCCCGCAUCCACUCCCUGCAGAGGUCCUCUGAAGACUUUCCCAUGUGCCUGGUGCUGAUUAGAACUGCAAGGCCAGCGGAGGAAACUGCUGAAGGGAAACCAGCCAAGAGCCAAUGCCAACUCCUAGGGCAUGCCAGGCUGUCCCGCGUGGUUGGCCAGCCUAAAAGCUUAUUUGUGGAGACAGUUGUGGUCUCCAAAGCCAUUCGUGGAAAAGGUUACGGCAGGAAACUCAUGGAAGCUGUUGAGAAUUAUGCCAAGUCCCGUGGCUACCGUUGUCUGCACCUCACCACCCAUGACAAGCAGCAUUUCUAUGCCCACCUAGGCUAUACAUUGACUACACCUGUUCAAUGUGCAGGAUUCAUGAGUUCUCUCAUCCCUAUGGAGUUUUUAGAGAUCUUUUCACCUCCUCAGCAUGGCAGGGAAGUCCCUGCAGGAUCUGGGAAAAACAAUCCAGGUGCAUCCUGUGGCAGCAAAACUGGAGCAAAUCUCCCUCCACUACCCCCUUCUGCCCUUCCUUUCUUUUCCUCUUCCUCCUCAGGAACUCCACCCCCUCCACUGCAUCCUCCAUUCUCUCCUGACUCAGUAGCUGUUACCGACUCUCUCCCUCCCCAGCUAGCAGCUUCUUCCCACAGUUCUUUUUUCCAGCCCAUUAAUGCUACAGUUCAGCCAUCCCAAUCAUCCUCUGUGCCUCUCGCUGUGAGUUCCUUUAGUGUCACAACUCUUUCACUGCCUCCUCCACCACCACCACUACCACCUCCUCCUCACCCUCCUGAGUUUCCACCAGCAACCCAUUUGCUCGGCCCGCCAAGUUCCUGUAAAACUGCUUCCUCCUGUCCAUCAGAGAACAAAAGCCAGAAUCAGAGGCUUCUAGAAACACCAUAUCAUGACUUCAAAGGGCAGCCCAUAUUUUGGAUGAAGAAAGACAUUUAAUCUUUGCAUCAUGUGCCAAUGUGAUGAAGGUGAAUGAUGAUAAUUGGAGGAGGGGAGAUGCUUUGCCCGAAAGCCUGGUUUGAACUUUAUGAAUUCAGAUGAGUAAGAGCCAUUUCUGAACUAGUAAGCCAGAAGAUAUGAUCUCGUUAUCAGUGUUCUUUUUAGAGAUGAAGCUGAAGUGAAGCCAUAUGAGAAAAAAAAGUCAAGUUAAGACAGAGAUCCAUAGAGUUGAAAUAUAUUUAAAACUUUAUCACCCAUUAUUUCCCAUUGUAUCUCAGUGGCUGUUGCCUUAGCCAAAUGGAUGGGCUGUGAUGAGUUGUAUACUGCAGGUUGCUUUGUCUAGGUCUGAUUUCCGUUUACCAAUAAACAAAUCAGCUCUUGUUCUCA